CUCAACACUGUUGUGAAUACAAUUCAAGUUUUUUGCUCUUCUUUUUUUAAUGUAAAACCUCGCGAUCUGGCAUCCCAGUGAAAGCGGAAAUAGUCAUGUAGUGUGUAAACGCGCGCGGGAAAAGCGUCAGUGUUUUGGUUGAAGUAAGUCUGGAGAAAGCGGGAGACUUUUCACUACAUUAUCCUUCUAUUAAUCUGUUCGGACCAGGAUGAAGGUGGUAACGUGUGAAAUUGCCUGGCACAACAAGGAACCAGUAUACAGUCUGGAUUUUCAACAGAACGCAGAUGGCAAAAUUCACCGCCUGGCCACGGCUGGAGUGGACACCACAGUGCGAAUGUGGCGUGUGGACCGAGGGCCAGACGGAAAGGCUGUAGUGGAGUUCCUAUCGAAUUUAGCGAGACAUACAAAAGCAGUGAAUGUAGUUCGCUUUUCUCCAACUGCAGAGAUGCUGGCCUCUGGAGGAGACGAUGCAGCCAUCUUAUUGUGGAAGGUUAACGAUAGUAAAGAGGUCGAGCAAGCCCCGACGUUCCAGGAGGAUGAGGACGCUCAGCUGAACAAGGAAAGCUGGAAUGUAGUCAAGACUCUCAGGGGGCACAUUGAGGAUGUGUACGACUUGUCAUGGACAAGCGAUGGGAAUUUCCUGGUUUCUGGCUCAGUGGACAACACUGCUAUCAUGUGGGAUAUACAGAAGGGUCAGAAGAUGUACAUCUUUAAUGACCAUAAGAGCUACGUUCAGGGUGUAUCCUGGGACCCGCUAGGGCAAUAUAUUAGCACGCUUAGCUGUGACAGGGUUAUGCGUGUUUACAGCACACACACAAAGAAAAAGGCCUACAGCGUGAGUAAAAUGACAUCAGGCUCUGCUGGAGAAGGAGAGGUGAAGAACUUCAGGAUGUUUCAUGACGACAGUAUGCGAUCCUUCUUCAGACGCCUCACCUUUACACCUGACGGCUCCUUCCUCCUUGCACCUGCUGGUUGUGUGGAGACAGGAGAGAACGUGACGAACACCACCUACGUCUUCUCCAGGAAGAGCUUCAAGAGACCCAUAGCCCAUCUCCCUUGUCCUGCUAAAGCAACUCUUGCUGUACGAUGCUGCCCUGUGUACUUUGAGCUCAGAACCAAGAAGCUUGAAGAUGGAUCGGUGCAGCCGCUGCCCAACACGUUCCAGCUGCCAUAUCGCUUGGUGUUUGCUGUGGCAUCUGAAGACUCCAUCUUUUUUUACGACACCCAGCAGACAUUGCCAUUUGGUUACGUGUCCAAUAUCCACUACCACACCCUGAGUGACCUCAGCUGGUCUCGUGACGGCUCGUUCGUGGCCGUGUCAUCCACGGAUGGAUAUUGCUCGUUCAUAUCCUUUGACGAGCUGGAGCUCGGCACGCCUCUGAAGGAGCGGCCACCGCUGGACAUCAUCACCCCGCUCGCUGCCAGCGAGAAAAAGGGCAAGAGGGCAUCUGGUAGCGGACGAACGGCUUCACCCGUGCCUCGCACCAACCCUUCACCCGUCACACAGGAGAGAGAGACUUCAUCUGCUACCUCUGAAGAGAAGCGAACGCCACAAAGCCUGAAGGCCAAAUCGCAGUCCAGGCGCAUUACUCUCAACACACUGGAGGGAUGGAGCAAACCCAGCACCCCAAAAUCUCCUGCCACACCCACUGCCCCGCCCACCAGCGGCAGUCCCAGUAUGUCAAAAUCUGCCCCCUCUACUCCUCUGCCCAGUCGGGGACCGCUUACUCCUAAAACUACCCCAAGCACCCCGCUUGCUCCCCUCACUGCCAGAAACUCCACAACGCCUAAAGGACCCAUCCCUAGGCGAAUUUCUCUGACGCCAGUUAUCCCCAGAUCUCCGGCUUCCUCUCAGACCUUUAUCGCACCAUCCUCGAAUGAGAAAGCCAAACAUGAGAGACCUUCUCCUUCUAACGAUCCAGUGUGCAAGCCUCCCGAAUCCAAGCGGCCUAAGACUGACGAAGCUUCAGGUCCGAGUGGCAGCAGCAGCACUUCUCCUCAAAGCACUGAGCCCUCAGUGGAGUCCAGCAGCAAGGCCAUGGAUUCUUGACCAAUAACUAAACCUCCCCAUAUUUUUAUACAACUCUGCAGGAACCCAGGAGUGUGUGUAUUUGGACACUUGUAAUUAAAAUUCAACCAAACCCUUACAUUGUAAUUUAACCAUAAGGGAACAGCAUGUAUGUUUUAUUUUGUUGUUGUUGUUCUGGUUCAUUUUGAUGAGCUUAUCGACUUGUCUGUUUAUACUGUUAAGGGUUUUGUAUUGUGCAUUACUGAUAGUUUAGAAGACAUUUCUAAAUUGUUGUAGUCAAGACCGAACUGUUUAUUAUUGAUAUCAAAAGUACCAAGGACCGAUUUUGAAAGACUAGUUUUAAGGAUUCCGGUCCGUUUGCGAAGGCACAACGAUGGUUGUUUUUCUGUGAUCGGUUUGUAUUGUCUUGUUUGCAGUAACAACUAAAGCAGCCUCUUUGUCCGUGAGAACAUGCUGAUUCAUCUGUACAGAAAACGAAACACACAGUAGAACUGCGGUGACAAACAAACCAUAGAUGGUGUAAAAUGUGGAAGCCCCCGUUUCAGAACGGGGGACGCAGACUGAGCUUUUGCUGUAAGAGAAUUACUAAAGGAUGAAAGUAAAUAUUCAGUGGCGAGAGUCCGCUUUAACCUUUGA